CUUCGUGUCUUGACACAUUUUGUUGUACCAGACAGUACUGCAAUCAUUCACUUAUUACUUAUUCCGUUUCUUGCAGCUAAUGGUUAGAGGAGGCAUCACCAAAUCAAACUUGUUGCUUCUGGGGGGAGCUAAGAGAGCAAAGAGUGGACGAAACAAAUUCUCUGGUACUGCUCAGGCUUCUACUGCAGAAAGCUCUGCAGAAGUCUCAAAGACUGAUAGGAGGAUAGAGGAUUCCUCUUGGUGGGUCCCACACCCACGCACAGGAAUUUACUUCCCGAAAGGACAUGAGUGGGUGAUGGAAGAUGUUCCAGAGGAUGCAGCUCGUUUGAACCAGACAUUUUGGUUCAGAAACGUUGAUGGUGUUGACAUCCCCAAACAACAACCUUAGUGUCCCACAACAACAUUCUACUGAUCCGAAAUCAUGUACCUGUGUCACACAUUGUUAACCCUUCCUACGAACUUGAAAGUAUAAGAAUAUUAUACAUAGAUAAGUACUCAGAAUAAUAGUCUCCAAACAUGUAAUAAUUUCUGCUGGUUGAGGACAACACUGUCGUGUUCUUACACUCCCAACCAUGCAUGAGCAAGAUGAUUAUAUAUAUCAUAACAAGUUUAUUAUUAAACUAUA